AUCUGCCAAUGCCUGGUAUUUUUACAGGGAGAGGAAGCUAAACACGUUGACUGUGGAAUCAUAACAUUUUGUAGCUACAUUGCUAAUCCGAAGAAUCUUCCUAAUUUGCAUAAUGAGUGUCGGAUUUAUAGGAGCUGGCCAGCUGGCGCAGGCUUUAGUGAGAGGCUUCUCGGUUGCAGGCGUGAUUGCCACCCACAGAAUCACAGCGAGCUCUCCAGACACUGAACUUCCCACAGUGCAGCAGCUGCGGAAAAUGGGUGUGACCUUUACCACCAGCAACAAGGAGACGGUCAACAGAAGUGAUGUCCUCUUCCUGGCUGUGAAGCCCCACAUCAUCCCCUUUGUUCUUGAUGAGAUUGGGCCAGAUAUUGAAGACCGUCACCUUAUCGUGUCCUGUGCUGCAGGUGUGACUAUCAGCUCCAUAGAGAAGAAACUGCAGCAGUAUCGUACUUCUCCAAAGGUGAUGCGCUGCAUGACCAACACUCCAGUGGUGGUGCGUGAAGGGGCCACUGUCUACGCAACAGGUACACAUGCACAGGUGGAGGAUGGAAAACUUUUGGAACAGCUGAUGGCUAGCGUUGGCUACUGCACUGAGGUGGAGGAGGACCUGAUCGAUGCCGUCACAGGCCUGAGUGGCAGUGGACCCGCCUAUGCAUUCCUAGCUGUGGAUGCCCUUGCUGAUGGUGGAGUAAAAAUGGGACUGCCCAGGAGGUUGGCGGUACGCCUUGGUGCCCAAGCCCUGCUGGGAGCCGCUCGCAUGUUGUUGGACUCAGAGCAACACCCUGGGCAGCUUAAAGACAACGUUUGCUCACCAGGGGGCGCCACAAUCCACGCCCUUCACGUCAUGGAGAGUGGUGGCUUCCGAAGCCUCCUCAUAAAUGCAGUUGAGGCCUCUUGUGUAAGAACAAGGGAGCUUCAGUUUUUGGCUGACCAAGAGAAGAUCUCCCCAGCUGCGAUAAAGAAAACAACUCUGGAUAAAGUUCUUCAGCAGCCAGGCGUCACUGCAGAUGCUGUCGGUGUCAGAGCUCGUGGAAUCAGUAUUUUUAACAACUCCAACCCCAGGAUCAAGAAAAACUGAGUCUUUUUUGAAAUGUCUCAUUCAGUAAAUACACUGUCUAGGAACCACUGACCACUGUUUGCGAACAUGAACCCAUAAUAUCUAACACUGUAGUGCAGUGGUCACUGCUCUACAGUGAUAUUAAAUCAGGUUUAUAUAGGUUUGGACCAUAUUAAAGGAAAAUUAUGUGAAUAAUUAUUUUUGUGGGAAUUUUGUUUUUUUUUGGAAUUGACAAAAUAUAGUUGAACCCUUUAGUUUGACAUUGUGUGGAAACUUGACAAUCCCUUUGGGUUUGAUGCUACUGACUUCUUUGCCCUACAGAAAUUGUCAUGUUUAACUUUUUAUAUAUUUAAUGUCAGGGCAGAAGGUUUAUUUUUCUAAAAAAAAAAAAGGGGAAAAAGUAAGGGUACUUUUUUUUCAUCCAUUUGUUUAGGUCCUUACAUUUGCCUAUGAAUAAUAAAAAAGCCAUAAGUAAAUGUCCUUACAUUUAUAUUAUCACAAUGUUUUAUGAAUUUUAACAUUUUGUUAUGUAAGUAAGAUUAUCUUGUCUGCUUGUUUUAGCAGUGCCUUACCAAAAUAUAGAUAACCCCAGUACUUUUUCACAUUUCAUCACUUUACAAUGACAAAAUGUAUGUAAUAUAUUGGGAUUGCCCAAAACCAAGUAAUGGGUGUGAAGUUGGUGGAGAAUGUUUCAAUAAAAAUUUCAACAUGA